GCAUUCAGCCAUCUUUGUCUGUUGCGUUUCUGUCAUUCUGACGCGUCUGAAUGCGGUGUUAAAUGUGUGUUUAGAACAAAAAUGCAUUAAGAUGACAACAAAUGAGCCAGAGACCCUAAUCCUUAUCAUAGAUAGGAAAAUUCCGAUUUGGCAACAAUGCUCACCAGCAAGUCGAGCGUUCAUCCAUCUUUGUCUGUCGUGCUCCUGUCGUUCUGGUGCGUCUGAAAGCCGUGUUAAAUGUGUGUUUGGAACAAAAGUGCAAUAAGAUGUCAACAAAUGAGUCAGAUUCAGAACGCCAAAAGCUAAGGCAGUUUAGAAAAAAUAAAGCGAACAUAGUAGAAGCAAAUAGCAUCAACAUAGAUCCCGAUGACAACACAAAAGGAAUUGUAGCAGAAGAUGAAAAUCCUAAAACCGCUGAAAAGGAAUCGACUGAAGCCAAAGAGAUGUAUAGAACAGCAGAAUGCAUCCGAACCAUACAACUUUCCAUAAUAAGUGAAAAUCAAGGAGAAAACUUUGAAGUCCAAGCCGAAAACGAAGCCAUAUCAUCUAUAACCCGCCAGAAUACACCAACAAAUGGAAAACGUCGGAUGAAAAGCAACUAUAACACUACCGAAUCAAGCGAUUACACAAACCACUGGUCGCCACACAAAAAAGAAUCAUAUGAACAAAUUAAAUCUUUUUUCCGCGAAGAAGAGGUAGAAUGUACUGAUUUAAAUUUGAACGGGCAGCGUGAACACGUGAACAAACACUUUUUGUUACGUUAUGAGUGUAUUUUAUGCAAUUACGUUACCUACUUGGAAACAGAUCUUUCUAAGCAUAUUGAUACUCACGUUUCAAUCCAUUGCAGCACUUGCGAAUUUCAAACGAUGAAGGAGUUUUUCGCCAAUGAUCAUCUUGAAACGCCUUGGGGCUGUUCAGAAUGCGGAUACCACUCCCAUCACUGGUUAGACGUCAAUAGGCAUAUAUUCUCACGUCAUCGUACAUCAAUUUCACUUUACUUAUGUGAACUUUGUUCAUUUAUCACUACUAACAACGAGGUUAUCAUAAAGCAUAAAACCGUUCACAAAAAAUAUUUCGUGCCGUGCAAGUUGUGUGACUUUACCACAAAAAAUACGAAUGUUUUAGACAAGCACUAUGAAAAUACACAUACCAUUUCACGCGAAUCUACUGAUAAAACCAUGAAACCUCUGAUAAAAUGCACGUUUUGCGACUGUCUAUUUAAACAUGAGAGCUUUGCAGGGAAACAUCUUGCCUUGCAUAUACGAAAUGGACCUUCUUAUAAAUGUAACAAAUGCAAUGAUUUUGGUAUUGACAAUGAUUUGUCUACAGAAGAUGCAAUAAUCACAUGUCCAUAUUGUGACGCUAGGAGAAAUUAUCGUGUUGACAUCCAUAGCCAUAUACUGCAAUGCCAUUUGGCCAAACUACAAAUAGAACCUGUUAAAUAUGGAAAAAUGAAAAAAACCGAAAAACAAACGAAACAAGGCACGACGUUUCAGGGAAAACGAAACAACACAAAUGAUCCAAGUUGUAUUGAACUAGAAACCACUAUAAGCGAUGGACAACUAGAGGGUGUUAAGUGUAAUAAAAAAACUCGAACAACCAAAAAACAAGAAAUACAAAAUAAACACCCAGACACGACGUUUCAGGGAAAACGAAACAACUCGAAUGAGUCAAGUUGUAUUGAACUAGAAACCACAAUGAGCGAUGGACAACUAGAGGGUGUUAAGUGUAAUAAAAAAACUCGUACAACCAAAAAACAAAAUAAACACCCAGACUCGACGUUUCAGGGAAAACGAAACAACUCAAAUGAGUCAAGCUGUAUUGAACUAGAAACGACCAUAAGCGCUGGACAAAAACAAGCAAAAGGAUUAUUUCUAGGCGUAAUAACAAAGGCAAAACAAGGCUGCAUCUAUCCAACUUGUGUUGAUAUAAUAGAAGACGCAAUCCAUUUUGUGGUGCAUUUAGACGAAAAACACAAUAUACCUCCACGAAUUAUUGCCAGAGUUCUUGAAAGCAAAGUUGUAAAGAUAAUAUGUACAUCCCACUAUCAGUGUGAUUUCUGUCCUCAUAUGACGUUAUCCGAGCAAGACUACACUGAGCAUAUCAAAUCUCAUGUCAUCUUCAAAUGCGAAAAAUGUUCUUUGGAAUGUACAAAGCAGGUGUUUAUAGAUGAUCACAAUGAAGACUGUUAUACCUGUGAGAUGUGCAGUUUUAAAGCUUACCAUUGGUUUUUAAUUUUCAAGCACAUGCUUAGUCACGAACGCGACACUUCGUAUCUAACAUGCGAAUUCUGUACGGCCGUAGCGAAGAGUCCCCUUACUAUUGAAAAACACCGCCGUGUGCAUGAACAGCAAUGCUUCUUGCGUUGUCAGAUAUGCCAAUUUCAAACAAAAAACGUCAGUUCGCUCGAAGAACAUUAUAUUGUUUAUCAUGAAACCGUAUCAAUACUGGAAAAUGCGGCAGUACAUCUCACUCAAAGUUUUGGCUCGGAAAGCAAACCUAGGGGAAUUUUAAAUUGUGCAUAUUGUGCUUAUACAGAUGAAGAUAUGGUCAAAAUGAUCAACCAUAUGACACUUACACAUAAUGCUCUUUUGGAAGAUGAAUGCUACCGGUUUAGAGAAUCUGAGGUUGUCAAUGGGCCAGAAUCCACUCAAUGCAUUACUUCGGCUGAAGGAACUAUCAGUAACGACAUGACCAGUCCGACCAAACAUAUGGCCCUUGAACAUGGUACUCCAUUGCAAGACGGACGCCACCAGUUUGGACAAUCUAGUGUCGUCAACGGACCAAAAUCCAUUCAAUGUGUUACCUCGAGAGGUAAACAAAAUGGAAUCAGUAAACAUAUGGUCAAUACGAUCAAACAUACGACCCUUGGACAUGGGACUCAUUCGGAAGACGAAAGCCAUCAGUUUGGACAAUCUAUUGUUGUCAAUGGACCAAAAUCCACUCAAUGUGUUACCUCGACUAAAAGGACUUCUUAUAUCAGCAGAGACACGGCCAAUCCGACCAAACAUACGGCCCUUGGACAUGGUACUACUUUGGAAGACGAAAGCCAUCAGUUUGGACAAUCUACUGUUGUGAAUGGAUCAAAAUCCACUCAAUGUGUUACCUCAGGAGGCAAACGAAUGGGACUUUUUUAUAUCAGGAAAGAUAUGUUCAAGCAGAUGCUCAAGAAUACAAUGCUUGGACAUGGUACUCCUUUGGGACAAUCUAUUGUUGUCAAUGGACCAAAAUCCACUCAAUGUGUUACCUCGGCUAAAAGAAGUUCUUAUAUCAGCAGAGACAUGGCCAAUCCGACCAAACAUACGGCCCUUGGACAUGGUUCUCCUUUAGAAGACGAACGCCAUCAGUUUGGACAAUCUAAUGUUGUGAAUGGAUCAAAAUCCACUCAAUGUGUUACCUCGGGAGGCAAACAAACGGAACUUUUUUAUAUCAGGAAAGAUAUGUUCAGUCUGCUCAAGAAUACAAUGCUUGGACAUGGUACUCCUUUGGGAGACGAGAGCCAUCAGUUUGGACAAUCUAAUGUUGUGAAUGGACCAAAAUCCACUCAAUGUGUUACCUCGGCUAAAGGAACUUCUUAUAUCAGCAGUGACAUGUCCAAUCCGACCAAACAUAUGGCACUUGGACAUGGUACUCUUUUGCAAGACGAAAGCCAUCAGUUUCGACAAUCUAAUGUUGUGAAUGGAUCAAAAUCCACUCAAUGUGUUACCUCGGUUAAAGGAACUUCGAAUAUCGGUAAAGACAUGGUCAAUCCGACCAAACAUACGGCUCUUGGACAUGGGACUCCUUUGGAAGACGAAAGCCAUAAGUUUGUACAAUCUGUUGUUGUGAAUGGUCCAGUAUCCACUCAAUGUGCUAAUUCAGCUAAAGGAACUGUUUAUAUCAGUAAAGAUAUGGUUGAUCUGAUCAAACGUACGACCCUUGGACAUGGUAGUCCUUUGGAAGACGAACACAACCAGUUUAGACAAUCUAAUGCUGAUGAACAAUCAGGUAAAACUGGUGCGGACAUGAACAAAAUAAAAAAAUAUGCAUACAAAAGGAUGAAAGGUUAUCAAUCAGAAGAAAGUUUAAAACUAAAAAUCAAGAAACCUAUGCCAUCCGGUGAAAAUGUAAAUAACCCAGGUCUAUCAAAUGGAAGCUGUAGUAAAGACACGUUGGUUCUGGACAAAGAUUUGGAUGGUAAAUUGAUAAUUAAAAAAAGAAAUGUGAAGCGUAUGUUAUCCAGUAACACUGUUGUGAAUCUUGAUUCCACAAAAGGUAAGACUCCUAAAAAGAGACGUAAAGGAGAUCAAACUGAAAUUAUAAAUCUAAUAAAUACACAAGAUCUAACAAAUCAAAGCUAUAUACUUUCAUUCCAUGUCGAUCAGAAUGAGGACUCGACUCAAUCUAGUCCAGCAGAGCACGUUGAAAUAAACGUUGAGAGUGCAGAUGAAAGUGAUAUUAAAGAAUUUGUGUUUGGAGCAGUUGAACAAAAAGAUACGUUAGAAUUAGCCACUGGCCAGAGUAAAUUAUUUGAAAAUCCUAUAGCUGAAAUUAAAACAGAAAAUAUGGAGGAGCCAGGUCCUGGAUUUCAUAUUACAAUGUUUCAAGACUUCAGUCUUAACAAAACCAGUAGUCAAGAGCCAGUAGUACUUGAUACUUCAGACAUAACAGUUGAGACUGAAGUCGAAAUCAAAGAAGAGGAAGCAUCUGCAAGUGCAGAUGAAACAAGUGAUGUUGAAGAUUUUAUUCGCAGCAAUGUUUUCAAACACUGUCAUAGAUGUUGUCUGACCUUCAAUUGCGAUAACGAUUUUACAAAACACAUGUCAGAUAUUCAUGGAUCUAAAUAUGUAAUAAUUCCAGAAAAUGAUCAAACAGAAUGUGAAACACAAACACCUGCACAGGCCAAAGAUAUAUUAGGUUGUCUUAUAUGCUUGGAUACUUUUGACAGUAAUCAUGCUCGUGAUGAACAUAUGUGUCGAAUACAUGCAUGUUCAGUAGAAAACGUUGAAGUUGAACAAAAAUCUACAGAAGGGUCAGGCUGUCGAGUCACUCAGGAAAACCAACAGUUACUUGACAAACAUAUGUUUACCAACCACAAUCUUGAAACAAUGGAUGAAGUCAUGAAAGUAGAAAUUGAAGAAGCGACAUGUAAAGAACAAUACGCACAUUUAAAAGAAGUUUGGCGUUGUAAUGAUUGCUCUUUCACAGGAAAGAUAGAAAUAGAACUUCUGCUGCACAAAGCUAUAAUGCACGCUAUGACUAAACGUAAAGAUUGUCCAGUAUGCGAUUAUGCUUCAAACAGCUUAGAGUCUCUCGAUCAUCAUCUACGAACUGCUCACUCGCUGAAACGUUGUAAGCGAGACACGGACAUACUGUCAAACAGCAUACCGUCAUUUAACCAGGAAAGUAAUAAAUGGCACUGCACAGAGUGUAACUAUACAGCUGACGAUGAAAUACGUAUUGUAGAACAUAUUGUCCACAUGCAUAAGCCGAAGGAAGAAUGGAUUUGUGCAAUAUGCCCCUACACAGCAACAAUAGAUAUUAUGCUAGAGAAACACGCGCACACAAAAAUUGUCACAAUGAAACCUGUCAAGGAGGUUCCACCAAAUAAACCAAAUAUACAAAACUUGAACUGUAAGUUUUGUAACUACAAAUCUACAAAAAGCAUUUACUACCUUCAUAAACACUUGGCUAUCGUACACAACAUAAAUAUGAAUGAUGAUCCAGACAGAAAAGUACCUUGCAAACAAGGAGGAUGCAAAUUCAUAGCAGCCAGCAUAGAUGAACUGAGCGUUCACAUGGCGGAACAUCUACAUAAUACUGAGAAGAAGAUAUGGCUUUACAAUUGCAAACGUUGCGGUUUUCGAUGUUCAUUGGAAUACAUCUUCAACAGACAUAACAAGAAAUGUGAGAGGAUUGCGGAGCGUCUACGUAACACUAAGAACAAAGUAUGGCGUUACAAUUGUGAGCACUGCGAUUUUGGAUGUCGAUGGAAAAAAAUCUUCAUGAAACACAUCGAGAAAUGUCAGACAUUACAUAAUACUAAGGAGAAAGUAUGGCUUUACAGUUGUGAGCGCUGCGGUUUUGAAUGUUCAUGUAAAAGCACCUUCAUUAGGCAUAGCAAGAGAUGUGAGACGAAUACUUGAUAAGGUGCUACCAUUGUGAAAUUAAAGAGUCUGUUUAAGGACGAUUUGAGUGUUAUGGAUAUUGUACAAAAAGGAAAGAGUUGAUCGAUUUGUAAUUUAUGUACAGAUAUAGCAAAAGAUGCUUAGCAGAAAAGUUUUGGAGUAUCAGAAACAAUUGAAAUCACAAAAAAAUCGGAAGUGAGAUUGCUAUGUAAUGUUGUUUGUUUCCUUAUGUAUAUUUUUGUAUUUUUUGAGACAAAUAAAUGUUAU